UUAGUAUCACCGGUACCACUUGAGGCUGAACACCAGUGGGAGCAAUACAAGACGAUGUUCGGGUACUCUUUUAGUAAUAGUACAGGAAGUAUUGACGACAACUUUGAACUAACUAACUUAGCCGCAAUUUUACCAGUAAUUGCUUCCCCAACUCCUAAGGAUUCCGAGCCAUGUAAUGAAGAUUUUUUAAACGAAUCAGCUGAUGUAAUAGAACCUUCAUUCGAUAUGACACCAAUGCCCUCUCCGAAUAAUGACUUUUUGAAAUAUGUAGCUUGCACUUCGACUCCAUUAUUUAGUAACGUAUCUAAUUGCGAAGCUGAUAAUAAUUGUUCAUCCAGUAGUAGUAGAGCCAAUACACCACUGCUCAGUAACGUUUCGAGCCAGGAUUCUUCUGUGUGCUCGUCAAACGAAAGUACGCCGUCGUCAAGCAAAAUUAUUGGAAGAAAACGUCGCCGUCGCCGUGAUGAGUGGAAAGACAUAAAAAGAAAAUGUUUAAAAAAUAUGGGAAAAGCGUAUUUAAGUAAGAACGGAGUUCAAAGAGAUGGAAAGAUUUUAAAACAACCAUGUCCGGUUACUUGCCGACUGAAAUGUUUUCAGAAGUUUGAUGCACAACAACGGGAACGUAUAUUUAAUUCUUUUUGGCGAAUUGGAGAUCACUGUCGACAAUGGGAUUACAUCGUCAACCAUACAGAAGUAGGCGAUACUAAGUAUCCUUCUACUACAAAACUUGUGUCUAGGCGCAAGAAAUCGAUUAAGUAUUGCUUGCCUCUAAUUGAGUCUAAUUCUGACAUACCUAAUAAGGUGUUCGUUUGCAAAACGAUGUUUCUAAACACACUCUCUGUAGGGGAAAGAACUGUUCAAACGGCAUUGGCGAAAUGGAGCUCAGGGGGUGGCUCUGUUUCCCCUGAUCGACGCGGUGGUACCAGAACUAUUGUCAUAGACGACGAAAUAAAACAGGAUGUUUUAAGGCAUGUCAAAACGUUCCAGCCCGUUGAAUCUCAUUAUGUACGUAAAGAUACUACUAAAAUAUACUUAGAUAGUGACCUUACAUUUACAAAAAUGUUUUCUUUGUACAAUGAGUGGUGUAUUACUGAAAAUAUAACUAAAAAAGCAACGACAGUGAGACAAUAUCGAGAUAUCAUUAAUCAAAAUUUGAAUAUAUCAUUUCACAAACCGAAAAAAGAUAUCUGUAACGAAUGCCAUAUUUACAACACAAACAAAGAUACAAUGACAGAAGAAGAAAAACAAAAACAAGAACUUCACAUGAGUAACAAGAUUAAAGCUAGAGAAAUGAAAGCAAGUGAUAAAAAAGAAGCUUUAGAAAGCGGAGGAAAAAUAGUUACAGCAUGCUUUGAUUUUCAAAAAAUCUUGAACUGUCCUCAUGGCAAUGUUGGUUUAUUUUACUAUAAAAGAAAAUUAUCGAUUUAUAAUUUCACAAUAUUUGAUUUAGCUAGUCAAGAAGGAUUUUGUUACAUGUGGCCUGAAAGUAACGGGAAACACGGGGCAUGUGAAGUCGCAAGUUGCCUAUCCAAAUUUAUUGAAACUAAGGUUAGCCAGGGUGCCAAAGAAUUCCGAUUUUGGUCCGACAACUGUGCCGGUCAAAAUCGAAACCGUAUUGUUUUCGCUUUUUAUACAUAUGCAGCAAAAAAGUAUAAAAUAACAAUAGUUCAUAGGUUUUUAGAGCGUGGGCACACACAGAAUGAAGCUGAC